UUAGCAUUUCAGUUUCGUACAAGCGUUCUGAUUGGCUGACGCCAUUUUAUCGAUGGUUCCGUUUGUAGUGAAAACGUCUUUAGUUUUUGUGUGUUAUUUUCUAAUAAUUAACUAAUGAAUCUUUUAAGAACACUGUUAUCAUCAUCCGAAGUACAAUUACUUUUACUAGAGAGGUAGUUUGGAAGUGUUUUGUGAUAAAACGGUACUUAAGUAAAAUGUCGACAACAAAUCAGAACAACUGCAAAAAAAUUAACGGUAGCGGAAGUAACUCUACAUCAAAUACUCCUACAAGUACCCCAAUAGCAACUGUUACUAAUGUUUCCAACAGCCACACGCCUGUACAAAGUAUUACACCUCCAAGCAAUGCUCCUAAAUAUGGUACGCUUGUUCCUAACAGGGUGUUCGUGGGUGGUAUAUCCUCGAACACGACCGAGGCCGAGUUGUUGCAGCUCUUCAGCGCCUACGGUACUGUAAAAGCGGCCAAAAUAAUACAGGACCGGGCUGGUGUCUCGAAGGGCUACGGUUUCAUAACGUUCGAGAGCGAGGAGGAGGCCAAGAGGCUCCAGCGCGAGGCAGACAACAUUGUUUUGCGAGAGCGCAAACUCAAUAUUGCGCCUGCAAUCAAAAAGCAGCCAUUCAGUCGAGCAUUCGAUGCUUCGAGUCCGCCGGUGGUGACCCCUGGCGGUCCCGCACAGUACUUUAUACCGGCUAACAGUAUGCCAUUUUACCAGGGUGGUGUGGCCUAUUAUCCACAACCCCCGGCGCCCCCUAACGAUCCGAACGCACAACAGGCUCCUGUGUACCAGCCUCCGACCGUGUACCCGGCUCAGACGGGGCCCCCUCAGACCGCGACUUACCCCUCAGUUAUGUUUCCGGCCCCUCCCGUCUACAUGCCGCAGCAAUAUCCCUAUCAACCUGUACCGUACGACUUCAACUAUUACGCGAACAAUGGACCCCAGUACGUUGUGGGGAGUCAGGGCGGUCCUCAGCCCCAGGGUCCCCCCAUGCAACCACCUGGCAGCCCGCCCCGACCCCACUGUUACACCCAGCAGCAGCUUUCCUUCAACACCGACGCAAUGUAUUAUAGUAUGCCCCUAUACGGGACCAUCGAAGGGUCUGCAGCCGCAGCGGCAGCCGCCGCCGCGGCCAUGUACCAAGACACCGUUGAAACGGCCAACGGGAACAUCAUCGACGACGGCGUAUACAAUGGCAGUCCGCCAGGUCCGGAAUUAGACGGAGGCGGAGCGCCCGUUGCGCCUCCGUCCUCUUCAGCGCCCACCUCAAUAAUCGCGCUCCAAGAACAAUCGCAACACGACCAUCCUACUCCUAUAGUCACGUCGACGACCGCGUCAGUAGACACCACACGUCAAACGACCACUCCCGUUGUCUCGCUCCUCUCUCUCGAUCAGCACCAGGAAAAGGACUUUACGUCGUUGCAAGGUGGCAGGCGCCGUAAAUCGACGGGUGGAGGUGCCGCCAUGCCUCCUCACCAAGCUCCACCGCCAUACCUCAAUCAUCAUCAUUCUCAUAUGCCGCCGUUCGGUCAUCCGCCCAACGGUUACGGUUAUCACCCGCACGUGCACGCGACGCACCAUCACCACCUGCAACCACCACCACCACUGCCACCUAACAUGUUCAACGGACCCGUGUCGUUCGUUCAGCCUCAGCAGCCGUCCGCGUCUGUCGCCGAUCACUCUUACUUGUCAUCACGAACCUACCAAGCUGGAAAUGGAGGAAGAACCAUGAACGGUGGUUUGUAUAACGAAACAAACACCAGUAAUAAUAACAGCAAAAGCGGCGGUAGUACAUUCACUUGGGCUCAGAAGCGGUACAAAAAUAACAACAACAACAAAGAUAGAAGAAACAGCGCCUUCGAAAAUAAUAAUAAUAAUAAUAUCAUUAAUAGUAAUAAUAAUAACAAUGCUAGUCAACAGCAGAGGACGGAGUCGAACUCGUCUGCUACAAGUGUGGCUGACGAAGAGAUAGUCGUCAGUGGUAACAGUACAACGAGAGGUAAAAGGACUAACGUGGACACGCCGCCUCCUGCGCCCUAUUCGCCGAUAGUGCAUGCCGUUAUCGCGAGCACUGCCACCACGACAGCCGCCGCGACGACAAACGCCGCGUUAGCAGCGUCGUCCGCUACCGGUAGCGGACGAUAUUACUCGCGAAACUUUCACAACAACAACAUCGGCGUCAAUACUAGCGGCAACAGUAGGAAUUUGGGACCCCGUAAUAGCAACAGUGGCGGUAACUACUCAAACGGCUACGCUGGCGGACGGUAUCACAACAGGCGCUAUUCGACGCCCAACGUCUCGACAACUCAACAACACCAAACACACGCACCUCGGUACGGUGGUGGCAAUAGGCAACAACAACAGCAACAGCAACAGCAACAGGUUAUGGUUCAGUCGUACCAACAUCAACACCAAUAUCAUUACAAUCAUUAUAGUAACAAUAACAGUCGAAAAGACUCCCAUACUACCACCACCAAACAGCAGACGUCAAACGGUACCGCUGCUGCCAACAGUGCCAUCGCUACUGUCGAACUAACAGACGUCAGUAGUACAAAUUCGAUCUCGGUCGUUACGACGCCAUCAGUAACAACAACAACCAACUCUACCACCACGACCACUGCAACGACGUCCCUGGGCAGCGGCGACAGUAGUAGUAGUCGUAGUAAUAGUAUUAGUAGUAGCAGCGUCGUCGAAUGCGUUGUUGUUGGUGACGUCGACGUAACGACGACGCCGCCCACUUCAACGUCGCCAUUGUCCUCCCCAUCUUCUUCUUCCCAGAUGCCGCCGUCGUCGUCUUCAGUAACGACCUCGUCCGCUUCGCAGCAUUUUGGACCGAUAAUGCGCCGUCCGCGCCGUUCGGUGCGCCGCUCAGUGCACGGGGGCUCGGGAAGUGCCGCUGGAGGAGGCGCAGCGGCUUUAAACGAAAUUGGUGCGGGUGACGCCCCUCUGCCAGCGACAGCAGCUGGAGGAGGCGCCGCCGGAGGACCGGAAGUAACCGAUGUAUGCAAGAAGCUCGACAACCUCAAGUUGUGAUGGCGUCUGCACGUGUGACACGAAGUCUUCGUCAGGUAGCGGUAGUCUUUAAUAUUUUCUUAUAGUGUAGGUGUCUGUGUGUGAUAGUGACGACGAUUAUCAGAGAUGGUGAUACUGCGACAGAUGUAUCGCUGAUAGGGUUACCGUGGUGUCAAUUGGCGUUUCGUCAUUUCUUUUGCAACUUUUUUGACGAUUAUAAAAGGUACUAUCUCACAAAUAAUAUUUUUCGGCAGUUAAAAUCAUUUUUUUGAUAUUACUCUUUCUUUGUAGUUAUAAAUUUAUUUCCAAAACGAAACGUAACGACUACAAUGUUUGGGUUUAAUACUCGGGUGAGUGGACAAUGAGGAAGAAGAAAUACACUGUAAACCUUCUUACCGUUGUAUUAACUUCCUGCUUGUUCGCCAUCUUGAGAUACCCAAAUGUUUUAAUUAAAAUAGACCCUAUUGCUGCUUGCUACAUUGGAAAAUCUUAAACAAUUAACACAUUGAAAUGCAAUCAGUCGUAUUUUUAUUUUUGGACUUGAAGAAUUUCAAUUUAAAUCAGUUUAACUUAUUAUCAUAUAGACAUACAUAAAAGGUUGACAAAGAGAAGAACCUUAAAUCGUCAAAAAAAAAGUUGCCGAUGAAUUGACGACGUGACCAUCAAAAAGUAAAUCGCUUUUCGAGCCCUUUUCCUACCAAAAAAAAAUAUAUAAAACGCGAAUCGGUCACCCCAAUACUGUUUUCAUUUUCAUCCCUUUUUUUUAUAAUUUAAACUAAAGACUGUGACAAAUUCUUGUAACGACUAUGAAUAUAGCAUACAUAUAUUUCGAAAAAGAAAAAAGUUAAUAUAAUAAAGUAAAGAACAAA